ACGCGCGGACGCCCCGUAAGCCGCGGCCGCUACCAAAAGCAACUGCCGGAAGAGACCAGGAGGGGCGGCCCCAAGUGUUAAAGCACGGAAGUAGUCACCCCCAACCUCGGAAGUUCUCUCCCAUGCUCGCCUAACAGUUCCGGUGACGCUCCCGGAGUUUGUUUACGUUCUUAGCCGACCUAGCGGUUGGCUUCUCCGUCUCAGACUCCAAGAUGGGGAAGUCAUUCGCCAAUUUCAUGUGUAAAAAGGACUUUCAUCCUGCAUCCAAAUCCAACAUCAAGAAGGUAUGGAUGGCAGAACAGAAAAUAUCGUAUGAUAAAAAGAAACAAGAAGAAUUAAUGCAACAGUACCUUAAAGAGCAAGAGUCAUAUGAUAACAGAUUGCUUAUGGGAGAUGAACGUGUGAAGAAUGGCCUGAAUUUCAUGUAUGAGGCCCCACCAGGAGUUAAAAAAGAAAACAAAGAGAAAGAAGAGACGGAAGGAGAGACCGAGUACAAGUUCGAAUGGCAGAAGGGCGCUCCAAGGGAAAAAUAUGCCAAAGAUGACAUGAACAUCAGAGAUCAGCCCUUUGGUAUUCAGGUUCGAAAUGUAAGGUGUAUUAAAUGUCACAAGUGGGGCCAUGUGAACACAGAUCGAGAGUGCCCCUUGUUUGGUCUUUCUGGGAUCAAUGCAAGUUCAGUUCCUACUGAUGGCUCAGGGCCGUCGAUGCACCCCUCGGAGCUAAUAGCGGAGAUGAGAAACAGUGGGUUUGCACUGAAACGAAAUGUGCUGGGGAGAAACUUGACCGCAAAUGAUCCGUCACAGGACUAUGUCGCAAGUGACGGUGAAGAAGACCCUGAAGUUGAGUUCUUAAAGUCACUCACCACCAAACAGAAGCAGAAGCUUCUCAGGAAAUUGGAUAGACUUGAAAAGAAAAAAAAGAAAAAGAAAAGUGAUAAGAAAAAGAAGAAGUUACAGAAGAGCAAAAAUAAACACAAAAAACGUAAAAACAAAUCUCCUUCCUCUUCUUCCUCCUCCUCUUCCUCCUCUUCGUCCUCCUCUUCCUCAGAGACAUCAGAUAGCAGCAGUGAGAGUGAUAACAAAGAAAAGAAAAGAGAGAAAGAGAAGAGGAAGAAAAAGAAGAAAACCAAAUGUUCUGGAAGUAAAUCCAGUGACUGUAAGGAGGACAAGUCUAAGAACAUGCUUUAUGAAGAACUUUCUAGCAGCCAUAGUGACAGGGGAACAGCCCAGGAAAAAUUAAGGAUUCUAAAACAAGAGAGUUCUGGGGAGAAUAGCACACGGGUUCAUUCUGCUUCUGACCGGAAGUCCAGAAGCCACAGGCACAGUCCAGAGAAGAAAGGGUCUGACAGAAACGAGGGAAUCCGAAGUCGCAGCAGGGCUGAGAGCAGCAGGCGAAGCCGAAGCAGAAGCCCUUGCAGUGAGAAGCACAGGGAGGUGAGGAGCCGGCCACACCGGAGCCCUAGUGACGAGCAGAAGGGAAGAAAGGGGACCAGAAGCCGUGGUGACGAUGACCAGAGAAGAGAGCGUGGGCGCUGAGCACCCAGGAGAUAAAAGGAGCGGCAGCAGGCUCAACAGAGCUCCAGAGCAGCCACCUGGGCAUCAAGAACAUCUUUAGCAAGGGCCAACAUGCACAUUGUUACCUAAUAAAAAGACGUCAGUUCAUUUUCCAUCUCUGUAAACUGUCAUUUCAAGUCUUAAAGCACCGGUGUUAAGCACCACAAGCUUAAGUUUGCAGAUAUUUGCAAGGAAUUUAUUUAGGAUAUAGAAGUGGUUUUAUUUUGGUUUUUGUUGUUGUUGCUGUUGUUUUCUUGUUGGUAAUUGUUUCUUCUGCCUUGUACCAGAUUUAAAAUAUGUAAGUAAUUCCGUGAUUUUGUUGUUGUUUUGAAACACCAUUAAAACAGUGACAGAAUCUUGAA